UACCUAUUUCUUUCUUCCUUCUCUCUCUCUCUCUCUCUCUCUCUCUCUCUGUGUGACAAUGGCUUCUUCAAAAUUUCUAGAGCGUUACGGUUACGAUUUGCUGUUGGGAUCAAUUGCUGCGUUCUACGUGAUCAUGGUUCCCUACACUAAGGUCGAAGAAAGCUUCAACAUUCAGGCAAUGCACGAUGUUCUUUAUCAUCGACAUCACUUGGAUGGUUAUGAUCAUUUGGAGUUUCCUGGUGUGGUUCCUCGCACUUUUAUUGGGGCCUUGCUUGUAUCAACUUUGGCGUCUCCAUUUAUAUUAGCAAUGAACUUGCUGCACUUGCCAAAGAUUUACGGUCUUUUUGCAGUUCGAAUGGCAUUAGGUUGCAUCAUAUUAAGUACAUUGCGAUUUUUCCGUCUUCAGGUUAAAGAUAAGUUUGGAAAUCAAGUAGAAGCUUUCUUUGUAAUACUAACUGCACUCCAGUUUCACUUGCUGUUCUACUGUACCCGCCCUCUUCCUAAUAUACUAGCUUUUGGUGUAGUCAACCUGGCAUAUGGAUAUUGGUUGAAGGGGAACUUUUAUGCAGCAUUAAAUUGUUUGAUUUUUGCUACAGUCAUCUUUAGAUGUGACAUGCUGUUACUUCUUGGCCCUCUUGGCCUGACACUUCUGUUGACCAAAUCAAUUUCAUUAUGGGAGACGUUAAAAUGCUGCAUUGGGGUAGCUCUGUUGUGCAUAGGUCUCACCAUAUUGGUUGAUUCAAUUAUGUGGAAGAGGAUACUCUGGCCUGAAUUUGAAGUUUUUUGGUUCAACUCUGUUCUGAAUCGAAGUUCUGAGUGGGGUACACAUUCCUUUCACUGGUACUUCACUUCAGCUCUCCCACGCUUAUUGCUUGUCUCAUAUCCUCUUUUUCUGCUUGGGGUCUUACUUGACAGAAGGGUUUUAUCCUUCGUUCUUCCAGUUUUCUUUUUUAUUGUACUUUACUCUAAGCUUCCCCACAAGGAGCUUCGUUUUAUUAUUAGUUCGGUUCCAAUCUUCAAUUUAUCUGCAGCAAUUGCAGCUACUAGAAUCUACAACAAUAGGAGGAAGACUUUCUGGAAGUUGAUUUAUUUCGUAAUGCUGGGAUUACUAUUAAUCAGUCUAGGGUGCACCCUCAUAACUUUCAUGGCAUCCUACGAGAAUUAUCCCAGUGGUCAUGCUUUGAAAGAUUUGCAUCAAAUUGGUCAUCUUCCUAACAAUACAAACGAGCAGUGGGUUCACAUUGAUCCCUUUUCAGCCAUGAAUGGAAUAUCCCGCUUCUGUGAAAAUAAAUUCCCCUGGAGGUAUUCCAAAGAAGAAGAGAUCCCUCUUGAAGAACUUCGGCACAGAAAUUUCACCUACCUUAUAAAUGAACAUCCCACUGUUGAUGGAUUCAAGUGUCUGUUCACCACAAAUGGGUUCUCAAGAAUUCGUCCUCAAAUUGGCUUCCCACCGGUUUUACUGGUUAAAGAACCCAAAGUUUAUAUUCAUGGAAAUAUAACAAACAAGGAUGUUAUGCAUAGAAAUUGGCCAGGUUGCUCUUAAUUAUCUUGAGGUGGAAUCUUUUAUUUGAAGUUUGCAUUAAAGCUGAUGAUGACCAAAGACCCUAAUGCUGGUGAUGACAUCCUGCAAGUCUAUUGAUAUAACAGUUCUUUUGUGAUGGAGGUUCGGGCUUGAAACUGGUAUCAAGUGGGAAAGUGUCCCUAGUUAUUGUUUGCAUGUAUGCAUAGCACUUAAAUCUACCAUGAUUUAUGCAGGGUUUGGCAUGGAAUUCUAACCAUUGCCACCCAAAAGAAAGCAGGUUUUUAGAUAGUUGAAUAUGAAUGAGUUUUUUGAUC